GAGCUCCUCAAAUCUCAAAUGYUCUCUUUUCUAAUUAAAAAAUCCUCACAACAAAAAGGUGUCAGCUGACGAAAAAGUCUAGAUGUGAUGAGCUGAGGCUUUAUUUAAGCCCAAUAAAUCUAUACAUAAUUAUGUAUGUAUGUAAGGCAGGCAAGCAAAUAUUCUAAGACACUUAACACUUUGCUUAACUUUUGAAGUUUCGUUUAUUAUCUGUCAUUUGUGUAGGACGCAUUUCUUACCUUCAAAUAAAUUAUUAUAGAGUUUAAAUUACAUCGAUUUUGUUUCUUAUUUAGCAUAUUUCAAUGUUGAUUUUCCAUAGAUGAAAACGUAACGGACGAAAAGAUGUUAACUUAAAUAAAGAAAAAUUUAACGAUUAUGCAUACGUGCAUACAAACACCUGCACACACAUGUAUGUACAUAAGUUUUCAUGACAUGCAAUGCGUUCGAGUCGAAAGUGUAGGAAAAGUGAAGUAGCAAAACGGAAUUACUAAUUGUGUGAAAUUUUCAUAGUUGCGUCGAGUUGCGCCGCUGCGUGUGAACGAAUCGAGUGUGUCCCCGCUGUUGUCGUACUAGUAUAGGCUAUCUUAAUUAAUUGUAAUAACGAAUUAUAUAACAAAAACGUAAAAAGAAACUACAUAAAAGAGUACCGUUUCAUAUUUGAUAUAAUUACACGAAGAUUUGUAARAUUUAGCAGCAAAUUCGUCAACUCAAAGUAACACAAGUAAUUUAUGAAACGAACGAGUAUCAAUCAAAUUGUAUGAAUUCAGUGGCACAGUAAAAAUUGAACUUAAAUCACACACUUAAACAUAAUUACAUAAUAUUGUAUACAAUACAUAUACAUACAUACAUGCAUCAUACAAUACAUAGAAUACUUAUAAUGAUGUGCUCCUAAAAUAAUCGAUUACCUUAAAUAAAUAACAUAAAUAUGUCGUCCACAACUAAAACUAAACUAUCGGCAUGCGCAGAAGAUGUCAGUAAAAGUAAAGGCAAACAAGUCGGUUACCUGCAGGACUAUUCAUUACCAGAAUCAAGAUGCCGUGCAAAGGAUGUGAAAAAGAAUGCAAAUGCACACCACAAAAAUGUGAUGAACAAUGCAAGUGCGCCAAGGACAAUAAGUGUAAUUGUCAUGCCGGCAAGGAUGGAAAGACUGAAGGGGCGCCACCAAAGUCCUGCUGCAGCGGAGGCAGCGAAGAAAAGAAGUGUGGCAAUUAGACUGAGUGUAAUAUUUAUGAUAAUAAUACCGAUUUGAAAACUAUAUUCGUAUAUGCGAAUAAAUACUUAAAACUGCGUUUUUGAAAAAUUUAGCCUUCGCAUGUUAGUCGUAUUCAACUUUGUUUUCGAAAGAGGUUUUUUAGGACAUCACUUGAAAUACGCAUCGAAAGUGGCAUGCGUGAUCAGGAUCUUCGUAUUUAAUUACAYUUUAAACAGUCAUAAAUAAACGUCUUCAUUUAUCAG